UUCGAAACUGCCCUCAAUAGGAGGGGGGUGAACGAGCAGUGCGCGGGGCCAAGCUGCUGGAGCGCUGCAAGAGCUCGGACACGAAGGCGCGGUCUCGCUGCCGCCGCCCGAGCCGCCGCCGUGUCUGUAGAUUUUCGGUACGAUCUGCGCCGUUACUCCGAGAACCAUUCCAGAAAGAUGUCCUGGACGGAGUCCACAGGCCAGCCCGAGUCAGCUGCAGCGCCGGGAUCAGCGCGUGCGAAAAGGGCGAGCAAUGGCAGCCAGCGCUCGCGCUGCUGAGCGAGAUGCGGGAGGCGGAGCUGGAGCCCGACUCAGCUACAAUGCUGGGAUCAGCGCGUGUGAGAAGGGCGAGCAAUGGCAGCGGGCGCUGGCGCUGCUGAACGAGAUGUGGGAGGCGAAGCUGAAGCCCGACGUCAUCAGCUACAAUGCUUGGAUCAGCGCGUGCAAGAAGGGUGGGCAGUGGCAGCGGGCGCUGGCGCUGCUGACGAGAUGUGGGAGGCGAAGCUGGAGCCCGACGUCAUCAGCUACAGCGCUGGGAUCAGCGCGUGCGAGAAGGGCGAGCAGUGGCAGCGGGCCCUGGCGCUGCUGAGCGAGAUGCGGGAGGCGAAGCUGGAGCCCGAGCGCUGGGAUCAGCGCGUGCGAGAAGGGCGAGCAGUGGCAGCGGGCGCUGGCGCUGCUGAGCGAGAUGCGGGAGGCGAAGCUGGAGCCCGACGUCAUCUAUUCUACAAUCGCUGGGAUCAGCGCGUGCGAGAAGGGCGAGUAGUGCCAGCGGGUCCUGGCGUUGCUGAGCGAGAUUCGGAACGCGAAGCUGAAAGCCCGACUCAGCUACAGUGCUGGGAUCAGCGCUUGCGAGAAACGCGAGCAGUGGCAGCGGGCGCUGGCGCUGCUGAGCGAGAUGCGAGAGGCGAAGCUGAAGCCCGACGUCAUCAGCUGCAGCGCUGGGAUCAGUGCGCGAAAGAAGGGCGAGCAGUGGCAGCGGGCGCUGACGCUGCUGAGCGAGAUGCGGGGGGCGAAGCUGGAGCCGAACGCAGCCUGCUACAGCCCUGCGAUGUCGCUCUGCUGCGAAGAGACGAUACGACAGGACAGCCUGGCACCGGCCCCCACACGUCCCAUG